GCGGCAGUCGAGCGAGCGAGCAUCCUGUUGGCGCCUGGCUACUGCGAGAGGUUAAAUGGCCAAGACAGACAAAUGGAAUUAGGCCUUGCUGUGGAGACUUCCAUUUUCUUCUCAGUACCUGACCAUUUAUGAUGAGGCAGCUUAUGAAAGUGUGAUGUUUGCUUAUUUCCUCACAGGCCACAGUAAACACAAGUGUGAAGGAAACAUUUGCCAUGGAAGCCAGGGAACUGGAGAGCCCCCCACCAGCCUACCAUCUUAUUCCAGAGGCCAGCCAGCCCAGGGAAGAUGUCAGCAUGAAGCCUCAACAGACUGCAGAAACUAUGCAGCUAAAGAAGGAGAUCUCGCUGUUGAAUGGGGUCAGCUUGGUGGUGGGCAACAUGAUCGGCUCAGGAAUCUUUGUCUCACCCAAGGGCGUGCUGGUAUACACUGCCUCCUAUGGGUUGUCAUUGGUCGUAUGGGCCAUUGGUGGGCUUUUCUCUGUUGUUGGUGCCCUUUGCUAUGCAGAGCUGGGGACCACCAUCACAAAGUCUGGGGCCAGCUAUGCUUAUAUUCUAGAGGCCUUUGGGGGCUUCAUUGCCUUCAUCCGCCUGUGGGCCUCCUUGCUAAUUGUUGAGCCCACCAGUCAGGCCAUCAUUGCCAUCACCUUCGCCAACUACAUCAUCCAGCCCUCGUUCCCUACCUGUGAUCCCCCGUACCUGGCCUGUCGUCUCCUUGCUGCUGCUUGCAUAUGCCUGCUGACAUUUGUGAACUGUGCUUAUGUCAAGUGGGGCACACGUGUUCAGGACACGUUCACUUAUGCCAAGGUCCUAGCACUCAUUGCCAUCAUUAUCAUGGGCCUCGUUAAACUGUGCCAGGGACACUCUGAGCACUUUCAGGAUGCCUUUGAGGGUUCCUCCUGGGACAUGGGAGACCUCUCUCUCGCCCUCUACUCUGCCCUCUUCUCUUACUCAGGUUGGGACACCCUUAAUUUUGUAACCGAAGAAAUCAAAAACCCAGAAAGAAAUUUGCCCCUGGCCAUUGGGAUUUCUAUGCCAAUUGUGACGCUCAUCUAUAUCCUAACCAACGUGGCCUAUUACACAGUGCUGAGCAUUUCAGAUGUCCUUGACAGUGAUGCUGUGGCUGUGACAUUUGCUGACCAGACAUUUGGCUUGUUCAGCUGGACCAUUCCCAUUGCUGUUGCCCUAUCCUGCUUUGGGGGCCUCAAUGCAUCUAUCUUUGCUUCAUCAAGGUUGUUCUUCGUGGGCUCCCGUGAGGGCCACCUCCCAGACGUUCUGUCCAUGAUCCACAUUGAGCGUUUUACACCCAUCCCUGCUUUACUGUUCAAUUGUACCAUGACACUUAUCUACCUCACUGUGGAAGAUGUUUUCCUGCUCAUCAACUACUUCAGCUUUAGCUAUUGGUUCUUUGUGGGCCUGUCUGUUGCUGGACAGCUCUAUCUUCGCUGGAAGGAGCCCGAGCGACCCCGGCCUCUCAAGCUGAGCCUGUUUUUUCCCAUCGUGUUCUGCAUAUGCUCCUUGUUUCUGGUGAUUGUGCCGCUGUACAGUGACACCAUCAAUUCCCUCAUUGGCAUCGGGAUUGCCCUCUCUGGGAUUCCUGUCUACUUCGUGGGUGUUUACUUGCCCGAGUCCCAGAGGCCAGUCCUUAUUCGGAAUGUCCUGGGUGAGCUUCUUUGCCCAUUACUCAGGGCGUGUGUGUGUGUGUGUGUGUGUGUGUGUGUGUGUGUGCGCGCGCGCGCGGCAGGUGGGAGGGAACCACAGAUAUGCUUUAAUCAACUUUGGGGUGUUCAUAUUGAAGUUGUAGCUGUCAGCUUGCUGAAUUCUGUUCUCUAUUUUCAUUUAGCUGCUGUCACCAGAGUCACCCAGCAGCUUUGCUUUUGUGUCCUGACUGAGCUUGAUGUAGCAGAAGAGAAAAAGGUUGAGAGGAAAACGGACUAGAGGCCAGAUGUGAUGUUCCUUGAGGCCUGGAAGGCCAGCCACCAAAGUCCAGAUGACAAGACUGCAGGCCUAACCCUCUUGUCCUAAAGGAGUCUGGUGGCCCACAUUAUAUAAGGGGGACUCAGGGCUGAUGGCCUGCUCUGGCGGUCACUCUCAUUGGUAAGCUGUGGGAGGAGACUCAGGGUCCAAGGCCAGCUUGAAGGUGGGAACUUUACAUAGAGGGUGGUGGUGGGGAGGGCUUGGUCAGGGGAAUAGUUCAGUUUUAUUCCUGGUUGAGUCGGUAUAGCUUACCAAACACUUAGGCAACUGCACUGAGGGAAGAGGGAGUGCUAGGUUAAUAGAUGUGGUUGGUGGUUCGGAAUUUGUUAUUUGAGGUUUGAAUCAGGAGCCUCUACAAAGGGGCUGCUUUAUGGGAAGGUUUCCUCUGAUCAGGUCCAAACACCUGACUCUAGAGGCCUAAAAUGCUACCAUUUCUUCCUCUGACUCAAGAUCUUUCCCUAGGAAGACAGCUGUAUUUCAUUAUUUAUUGACAUUAUUUAGUCCAGGACACCAGUUCUGACAGAGCACUGGUGUUCAUUCAUCUUCAGGAUGCAAUAAGCUGACUGUGUUUAAAAACUCAAAAUACUCCCAACCGAGUCCCUCUGCCCUUAGAGGUGUCUCUGUGUUCUGGUAUGGGUCAGCCUCUGACCACAGAUUAUUUUGCUUGGUUUUAGCACAGUCUUCUGUUGAGUCUUAGCUGCAAAAAUGAACUUUAAAGAUUUUUUUUUUUACUCGUGUAUUGGUUACAUUUUAGUCAGUAGGUCACAGAUUAUAUAAGCACCUGGCUCAAAUCAGCAAGGACAAAUGAAAAAAUUCAUGAGUCAGAAGUCUGAAAUACUGCUAUUUUGAAGGAUAAUCCCUUAUUUUACUUGAGACCUCAGGUCUUUAUUCUAGAUGAUAGAAGGUAAACCUCCGGUUCCUGGUAUGACCUUUAGGAGGACAUAAACUGUUUUAGAAUUCAAGUGGAUUACCUGAAUUCUCUCAGCCGUCAAUGGUUUAGAGAACAUCUCAUGGACUCAAGCCACCAAAUAGCUUGUUUCUGUCUAUAAGGGCUGGUGUGAGGGACUGCUGUGCAGACCCACGCAAGCCCACCUUGGUGCUAGAAGUGGUCAUUGCCCUUUUCCGAAAACCUCACACCAGACUGCAUCCUCCUCUUCUGUCCCCGGCACUGAGCUUUGUUUACACUCCGAACUGUCUUGGUGUGGAUCAUCAGGAUAGUGCAUUCCUGUCCUGUCUGCCUCCCCUUGCUGGAGGCCUGGUGGGCCUGCAGUCUCAGGAAGAGCUUGGUACUUGUGUGGACUUCUAUUUUCUCCUUGUGGAGAUCAGAGAAGACUUUGGGGGACAAAGCUGCUUCAACCUCAAUCUGGCUUCUCAGCAGACUGCAUGAUUGGAAGCAACUAAUUCUGGUGCUCAGGGUGUGCUUUUAGCAUCCAGGUCAGGCCAGAGUAGGCUUGGCCUCAUGGAUGUUCCCUCAUGGGCAGCCACGGUUGCAGUGGACUGUACAGCUGUCCUGUGAUGCUUCCAGACACUGUCAUCCUGGGUCCAGAGGAACCUGCUGACUUGGCUAACUCCAUGCCUGGACAUCUUAUCCUUUCAUUUUAGAACUGGUCACUGGUAAAGACAAGAACUAUGAGGCAAUCUCUCUUUCUGACCAUCCUUUUCUAUCAGGUGGCCUCAGUUGCAGCCAGGGGAGUAACCUUGGCCUACUUGUUUAAUAAAGACAAUUUAGGGGAGCCAUGGGCACAGCUGCCUUCGGUUUAGGGCAUGCAUGGAUGAGAAAAUGAGGGGACAUUCCUACUGUCAUGGGUUGGGGAUUUGCACAGCAAAUUCCUUUCUGGCAACAGGGAGUCUUAUGCAAAGGCUGACUUGCCUAGAGUACGUAAACAUGACUCCUGUCUGAGGCAAGAUGGCACCUAUCCCAGGGAUCCUCUGGAGCUAAUCCUUUAAGCAGAGUGUGCUUGUCUUAAGGAUCCCUGACCCAUGUUUUCGCUUUCUCCCCUGAAGUAAAUGACCAGCUAAUCCCAGGAACUUGCUGCCCUCAGUGGCUCCUGGGGGAAGCAUGGGCCUCACACCCUAAGUGCCCCAGCACAAGCUUAGUGAGCCAUGUCAGCCCCCUCUCAUUAUUGGAUGGCAACUGCAUUCUUCCCCUCUGUGCUGGAUAGACUUCACCCAGGAACCCUUCUGUGGGAGGGAAGCCAGAGACUCCCCACAGCAGUCAAGCUUCAUGGUGGAAUUAAAUUUCUGCAAGGUCUUUGUUGUUCGUUUCCUUCAAUCCUUCUCCUGGUGUGCUAAUCUCUUUUGCAGUAGGUACAGUAUGAGAUUGUCAGCCCUUUGAUGUUGGCAAACCUUAAUGAGUACAUAAACAGCAGUGAGCACGUUAUAAUGGCACGGAGUGGUUUUUAAUCCUUUGUUUCUAUGCCUACAGGAGACUGAGACGACUAGUGUUAUACAUAUAACUUGCUGCCUGUUGCUUGCAACACUGAAUUGUACCUUUGUGGAGAGUUAGGAUGGUAAAUCAAUAGUUUGUUGGUUUUCUAGCCACAAGAGUAGAGCCUAAAUAUGUGAACACACAGAAUUUAACCCCUUAAGAUGGUUUAACGUGAAUAGGAACUAAUGUAGGUGAAGACCCUCAAAAUGAAUACAUAGUGAAGAAUGGGAAGGCAGGAUGGAAGAAUAUGAAAUCUUAAAAGGUGUGGGAAGAAGACAUAACCCCGUGUACAUGAUAGUGAGUCUGUGGCACGUGGCAAGAAAGCACAUUUUGAAUCAAAGGUUCUGUGUAUUGUUUUCCCAGACCUGUGCUGUCCAGUAUAGUAACUACUAGCCACAUGUAGCUAGUUUAAAUAAAAAAUCUGAUUCCUCAGGUGAACUUCUCAAGAGCUGAGCCACAUGUGGCUAGUAGCUACUAAUACACAGCGUAGAUAUAGAACAUAUCCAUCUUUGCACAAGGUUCUAUGGGACAAUGUUACAUUAGAAGAAUAAAUGCCAACUCAGAGUUAAGAGGUUUGUGGUAUGCAAAGAAGUAGGGUCAGGUUUUCCUUAUAGGCAACCUAAGUUUUGGUAAUAGAAUUGGUCACUGUUUUUGGUGAGUGCUGUGAAUAGCUGACCUUUCUCAUUGGAAAGCUAAGUUUAGGAUAUGUUUACCUUUUCCUCACUUGCCUGAAGUCCUAAGUGUCUAAGGUCAAUCCUGAAACCUGUCUCACUAACCCCCCCCACCCCAUUUUUGGUGGAGGGUGGGGAUGGGAGAGAGUGAGUACAGUGGGAAAACAUGUAAAAACAUUGAGAUCUGGGGCACCUGGGUGGCUCAGUCAGUUAAGUGUCUGCU